AGCAGGUACAUACUUGGAAGUGAUAUACACAACGACGAAUCAUUCGUUAACAUCAGACACUUCUACGGUUCUAAGGUCGACGCAAAAAAGAAGGUAUCUACGGGAAUGGCUCAAGCACAUGUACGCUGUGCGAUAGAUCCUCAGUGCCCAAGUCAUCCUUCAACUGAAGCCAUUUUUGUAUGUCUCGAAAACCAAUGCGAUGAACAACUGGCGUGCCCAAAGUGCAUUACAGGUGCUGGGAAUCACAAUAAACAUAAUGUAGAAUUACUUGAGAAUCAUUUGGGGAUAUUUAAGAAAAAAAUUAAUGACUAUAAUACGAAUACCAGGGAACAAAUACUUGGUCCAUUGAAAAAAAUGGUUGACAGAGUGACAGACGAUUUAGAAGCGUUUGAUCCGGCUACGUCAUCUAUCCUCGAUGAAAUCGAGACAAGGGGGAAAGAAAUUAACGAGCAAACAAGCACAUUAGUAACGGAAUUUAAAACAAAAUGUAGUCAAAUUCGAUCAUGCAACCGACAGAAGAUGGAACAUUAUCGAAGCAGACUGCUGGGCAAGAUCACUGAAAUCGAGGCUGAUAUCUCUGCACUAGAUCGUUUUCUGGCAGGUGAUUGUAAGGCAGAUAUUGUUAAUGCAGCGAAAUCAGGACUUUGCAAGAAGUACCAAGAUCUACCGUAUCCUGACGAUAUCAAAGACGUUUCUUUCAAAGUCAGUGACACCCCUCUGAAUGACGUCGCAAACCUUCUGGGGACUGUUUUGAUUGGAAAUGAACAAGUAGUGAGGGCAGAACCAUAUACCGAAACGAUCAAACGACUGGAGGAUCACAUCAAAAGUAUGGAACAGAAGAAGAGAAUUGAUGAAGCACGUAUUCAGAAAUCGAAGAAAGAAUUACAUGACUGCACACAGAGGGGUCAAGAUUAUCAAGCCCACAUCGCAAACCUACAGGAGGAAUUGCAGAAUGCACGGAAAGAGGGUCAAUAUUAUCAAGCCCACAACGGGAAAUUGCAGGAAGAAUUGCAGAGUGCAAGGAAAGAGAUAACUGCUGAUGCACACGAGAAGAAGAAAAUGCAGGACUCUAUAAAUGAUUUGAGAGCACUCGGUACACAUAAAGUAAAAACAGAAUUUGAAUCUUGA